UCAGCUUGACCCGCCGGGCUCAUAUGCAUAUACCGUGACUGCUGUACGCUCCCAUCACACACAAUCGAUCCCCACUUCACUCCCCACGUCUUCUGGCGUCCGUCGCCGGCCAGUCCGUCCCAACCCCCGUAAGUCCGGCACCCUCCUUGCUGUCCUGUGGUUGCAGCUCUCUGAUCUCCCACAGUAGUGACGGCAGCGACUUGCAGCGCGGACAGAUCCCGGGCUUGGGUUUGAUUUUUCCCGGCCUUGUGCCCCACCCCUGUGCUCCCACCCCGAGAGAGAGAGAGGCACGCUACAGCCUCGCCUGGUGAGAGCCAUAGCGGCGCAGCAAGAUGGCCGGUCCGGAUGGCAACCAGUACGAGAGCUACCAGAAUGAGAGUGAGACGACCACCCUGUUGAGUCCCUCGCCGCCGUCGUCCCCGGCACGAGGCCGAGACAAGCAGGCAGCGUCGGCGACACCCGAGGAGGAUGUACGGAAGCACUACAAGUACGCGCUCGGCACCGGGUACAUGUUCGCGAUGGGAGUGUGCGGCAUCGUGCUGGUGGCCCUCGGAUCGACGCUGGACGACCUCGCAGACAAUUGCAGCACAACGGCAACCGACGUCGGGUCCGUGUUCAUCGCUCGCGGCGUCGGAGCGGUCCUCGGAGCGGUGGUCUCGUCCAAGCUGUACCUCUGGAUGCGCGGGAACAACGUCAUGUCGAUCAUCUUGCUCCUCCUGACGUCGGUCCUGGUCUACAUGCCGUUUAUCACCUCGGUGUACACCCUCCACCUCGCCUUCUUUGUGCUCGGCCUCUGCACGGCCAUCACGGACACGGGUUGCCAGAUCAUGACCCGGAAGCUGCACGGGGCGAAGGCCGGGCCCUGGCUGGGGGCCAACACUGUCGUCUUCGGCAUCUCGGGCGCGCUCGUGCCGCUCAUCGGCUACCUGACCGGUUCGCUCUUUGUCCAGUACGUCAUCCUGUCGGCGGUGAGCUGCGCGACGGCGGUGUUCCUGAUCAUCCUGCCCGCCCCAGAAAAGUACGAGGGUCUGCUCGAGGAGCGGAAAAAAAUGCCGGAGCGCAGAGAUGAAGACGUGGGGGUGCCGGGUGAAAGCUCGACGAGCAUCUGCAAGAUGGCCGCCUUCUACCGCAGGUACAAGAUCGAGUUCCACAUCAGCGGCAUGGUGUUCUGCCUCAUUGGCGGCAAGGUGGGCGCCACCGCGUACCUGGAGAGCUACGUCGACGAUACCGACGUCAUCGACGACUCGCACGCGGAGCUCCUCAUCGUUGUGCUGUGGACGGCCAUUACCAUCGGACGUCUCGCGGGUCUGCAGGACCAGCGACACCUCACCCUUCCGCGCCUGUACCGGCACUCCACCAUCCUGUUCCUGUGCGGUGCCGCGGCGGCGGCGGCAAUCCUAGUGUUCCAGAGCUCUGCGUUUGUCCUGUGGACCGGGAUCGCGGCAUACGGGCUCUACAACGGGCCGACCGUGGGCUACUGCUACGACCUCAACAACCGCGUGACGAUGCCCUCCGAGAUGGGCAUGUCGGUGGUGAUGUUCGGCCUCAACUUCGGGGCAAGCAUCGUGCCGUACGUGAUCUCGUGGGUGUGGGACUACACCAACUGGCCGGAGACCCUGAUCUUCAUCAUCAUGCUGUCCCACGUGUUGCCGUACCCGCUCAUGCUCAACGCGAAGCGCAUAGACGAGGCCAACAAGCGAAAGUUGCGGGAGGAGGCCAUUACUCCGAGUCUCUCCGAGACUCGCUCAACGCCAUCUUUCUCGGUCUGAUACGCCGACCGUAUCACGCUUUCUUGAAUCAUGGGGCUAGGUUUGCUACUGCUGCUGUUGCCUUCUGCAGCGCGGGGAACGGGAACGGAACGGGGAUGUGUUCAUGAACCUUGUAUUAUUUGGCGGACCCAUUGGUGCUACUUUGUUCUCUCUUCAACAUAGCGCGCUUGGAUUGUGGAGCGGUUGCAUGCCCGGUGCGAUAUUUGAUUUACAUACGGGCCGCCUCACGCCGCGGGGGAGUGGGGGCACACGUUCACACUGAGGGGGUGGGAGCACGCUUGUCAGCGCUCGUCGCGCGCGGGGGGGCGGGGGGGGGCGGGGGGGUUGAGUACGAUACGCCGCGGUGACGGUGGAACAAGCGCUCGUCGUUGCACAACUCGUUGUGUUGGUCAUUUUCGGCCUUUUGUCUUCCUCACGCACCCCUCACUAGGUGAGCACCUGUGCUUUGUGCUUUAUUUUCUUUUUCAUGUUAUUUAUGAAUGUCAUCUGUUUGAUUGUGCAGUCCGUGUAUGCUGGAGUAGUGGCAAGACGAAUGCUCAUGACGGCACAAGCGAAUGAGUUGGAGUUCGUCUGUCACGAGGUAGCGGACGAAUCGUAGGUGGUGCGCCAUGAACGCGUUUGCCGAAAGAUAGUUGUCUCUAAUCCCGCCUUGUUUUCGUCCUUGUUGCUUCUCUUGGUUUGACUCUGCUGUGUACUAGGUUUUGUAAUACACGGUGAAUUAUACUCCGGAGUGUGGUAAUCAUUUCCUUCCAAUGAACUACACGUCUCGCGAAAUGAUAUGAAAUUGGACAGUCCUUGGGGUCGGGAUUUCUUGGAAGAGUAGCGUAAGAGAUGCAACCACCGUGGCAUCGACUCUGUACGCUCCCCUCGUAUGUUCCUUCGUAGAGGGGGCCUUUGUUGUGUUGGAUACAUAUUUACGCCAAAAUGGCUUGUUGACCCUGUUACCCACGGGGGAGAUGUCGCUGUGUGUCGCUCGGGAAAUUAUGGAAACACAGGUAGCCUUCACUGACGCUAUGGAUUCAUUGCUAAUCUGUCUUGAACUCUUUGCGUAGAGAUGGAUUCGUUGUGUCAUGUUCAGAAAAUAAAAAAAUAAGACGCGUGCUUGGCCGUGCAAUAUUCGCUGGACACGCCGAUCAGGGCUGGCUGCGUAGCAAACACCAUGUGUGCAAAAACGCUGAGUGUGAGAAGAGACACCACGCUGCGAUGUAGCAACAGGGUUAACCACUGAUUUUUUCC